AUGUUUCCCAACCAAAAUGGGGGUCUAUCUCGUCGGUCUGGCGACCAACCAACUACGACAGCCCAUGCUUCAUCUUCCAGCUUCUACCGGCACUGGGAUUUCUGGGUGGUCUUCUUGUCCUCCUCCCUUGCAUUUCACGCCGCUUUGUUAGGGACUUCUCCGGGGUGGCAUCUCCUCCUGACGGACAUGCCGGCCAUUCUGGGUCGAGACGAGAUCCCUACCUUGAACUGGGCAUUCCCUACACUUCUCUUUGCACAGGCCUUCAGCAACGUCUUCUUCGGUCGGCUAUCGGACUACGUCGGGCGACGGUGGAUCUUCAUAGCAGGCAACUUGGUCGCGUUUGUAGGGUUUCUAUCAUGCAGCAGAGUGUCUCAUGGCUAUUCGAUAUCUGGGUUGCAUGUUCUCAUCGGCAUCGGUACCGGUAUCCAGGUGAUGGGCCCCUUCCUAGCACUUGCAGAGCUCGUCCCUGUCUAUCUGCGGUUUGCUUUCACCGGCGGAUGUGUCGCGCUCUUGGCUCCAUACCAAGCCAUGUACCCGGCAAUAGCGGAAGCAUUGGCCCAAAAGACAUCGGAGUCAUGGCGAUGGUGCUACUCAAUCAACGCCAUCUUCUCGUUCGUCGCAUUCGUGGGCUUCGCCAUCGCCUACCACCCGAAACCACUGAGCCAGUUCGAUGCUCCGAUACGUACACGGAACUGGAUCUCUCUGAUCUUGAUUGCGUCUUCUACAUGCCUCGGAUACUUUGCCAUGUGGGGAGAUCGACUCUGGGGCUGGGAGUCCGCGCGCGUGAUUGCGCCGAUUGUCGUCUCCGGCCUGUUUCUGCUAGCGACUCCUGUAUAUGAGGCUCUUUACGGCGGCAAGGGCGCUGCCGUUCCAGGGUAUUUGUUCCGGAGCUGGGCGACGGUCUCGCUGGUGCUCUCGGGUGCUCUUUGUGUGGUCUUCCAGUGGUUCUUUCCCCUGGCCGAUGUUCUCAUCUUCCAGGCUAUCCACGGUCGGACGGGCAUGUCUCUUGCUUGGGAUACGAGCACGUUCACUUCCGGGACUGUGGCCGGUUCUAUCAUUGCCACCGUCGCCCUGGCCCGCCCUAGACGGAUCAAAUGGCACCUGGUCGGCGGCACCGUCGUCAGUAUGGUCUUCUUGUCUGCGUUGGCGGCUGCGCGUCCUGAGCGUUACCGGAUGGAUCAAGCGUUCAAUACUCUCAUCGGCAUCGGGGUCGGCUAUGUGCUUGUUACCGCUUAUACUGCGGCGCCCAUGACCGCGAAACCUAGGGACAUGGGUUGUGUUGUUGGGACCAUGGCGGCCGUGCGGACCCUUGUUGGUUGUAUCCUGUGGGCCGUAUUAUAUGCGAUUUAUCUACCCAAGCUCGACCGAGACCUGACCUCGACUCUCACCAACUCCAACUCGGCAAGCGGCCUCCCUCCAGAAACCAUCCCAGCUCUCGUCCAAGCCGUCGACGCCGCUCAGGCGACCGGUGACCCCAGCGGUCUUCUCCAAGUUCCUGGCGUGACCCUAAAAGUCCUCAUGGACCUCCAGCUUGCCCUGGUCGAUGCAGCUACGAGCGCCUUUCACCUGCUCAUCUAUAUUGCCUUCAUCUACGCGGCGCUGAUUGUAGGUCUGGCUUUUGCCUCGCCCAAUGUCGACAGGUAUCUCUCAUCGGAGAUUCUGGCGUAUAACGGAGCACGGCGGGUGAGACCCGCGGACGCUUCGCGAGGCUGA